CAAAGACACAAUGCCGAAGACUAAACCCACCCCUGUUGAAGAUCUUAUAAUACCACCACAGGACCAGAAAAUAUGUGGUACUAUAUGUGUUUGUCAAAUGACAGCCGUACUUAGCUGCGUAGCAAUCGUAUAUCUUACUGUAGCGAUCUAUAUGCCUUACACUCGUGCUAUUGCAUCCGGUAUCGAUCCAACGCCCAUUAUGUGUACAACAACUAGAGCUGUCAACAAAGAUAACUGUGACUGGGGUUCUUGUGGAGAAUGGUGUUUGAGCAAAACCUCUGGAGCCUGCAUACAAAUCUACGUUAACGUCAGGAAAAAUGGUUCAUCUAUUUUACUGUCGGAGUGCGGAAAUGCUGCUAAUAAGACGUGUUACGGUAUUGAUCAGGAAAAUGCAAAGAAAUAUCAUUGCAUUCGAGACGAGUGUAAGAAUUUGACUGGAACCUUUAACUGUACCGAAGGAAAAUGUAUAAACAUAACUGAUGCCUUCGAAUGUGCUUUCCGAGACACUGAACCACCUUUAAAAUGUUCUGGUAGAAGAGGAAAAAUUACCUGUAUUGAUGUACAUGGCCUAUUUUCUUGCAGCAGAGGGACUUGUCGAAAGAUACGAACACCUUAUAACUGUGACCGAAGAUGUGUUGAUAUUCCGACCCGUAACAAGAAUGUCAUUGUGUUAAGUGGAGAUAGAGUGUUUCUAGCGAGAUGUACUAAACUUGCCCAAGAAGAUGGUGGUAACAUAGUUUGGACGGAUAAAGGCGAAGAAGUUAUAAUGUUGUCAUGUCAUGCAGUACAUAACGGUACAUCUGGGGUUGUCGCAGUUGACUGUAUUAAUUCAGCUCUCUUACCAAGAACAGAAAUAGCUGAUCUUACAAAUUUCACUCACUUACAAUAUCUGUAUACAGUAAAAGCGACACCGAAUCGGUUUAUUGCACCGCCUGAAGUUGAACUAACACUAGCCAAUGAUAGUCGUUUGAUGAUCAAUUUAGAAGGCUGCGUUAAUACUCUUGCCGAUGAAUGCAAGGACUUCCUAAAAACAUAUGGUCGUGAUGGCACUGAUCAUAACGCUAAAGCUAGAUUUCCAUGUUUUUACACUGAGAAUAACCCUGAUACAGUUGUCGCAAGAUUUGAUUUGGACGCAACGUACCGUCAGUUUUUAGUAGCUUUGGUUCUACCUACGGUACUUGUGGUUGUAUCCUGUAUUACAUUGAUGCUGUGUCAGAGAACGGUUGUAGUUGGUGAUGACGCAAAAAUGCGCUUUAAGGCCUGUGGUGGUGGACAAUCUGAAUUGCAGAUGCAUCCGAAUGAUCCUGUUUCACCUCUCUGA